AUGGGCGUGCUGUCGGCGUGGCUUCGAAUCUCAUACUACUCAUACAGGGUGGUUCUCGAGUCUUCCCCUUCUCAUUCUCCAACAUCUCCUUCUUUCGAACACUCCGAGGAUUUGGGAUGUUGUGACAUGUGGUCGACGAGCGAGUCGAGCAACGCGUCACUUUUUAUUCCUACCACCUCAACGCAAUCCGCUGAUCCAGCUGUGACUAUUCUCGCUGGACUCCCACCCGAACCCCGACCACUUCUUGAGUUGGUGUCGAUCAGCGCCAUUCUCAUCGUGCUCAUUCUAGCAUGUGUCAUUGGAAAUCUCUUUGUGAUUCUUGCAAUCGUUUUCGAGAGGGAUCUUCGUGGUAGACCGCAAUACUAUUUAAUCUUUUCUCUCGCCGUUGCUGACUUAAUUGUUGGAGUGAUCGUGACCCCACUCGGAGCAUGGUUUACAGUGACUGGCGAAUGGCGGCUCGGGGUGACACUUUGCGAUUUUUGGAUUUCCGUCGACGUUCUCGUCUGCACGGCCAGCAUUCUACAUUUAGUUGCAAUUGCGCUUGAUCGUUAUUGGUCAGUGACCGACAUUUGCUAUGUGCAGAAUCGGACGCCUCGCCGCAUUUUCAGUAUGCUUGGCGCCAUUUGGACUCUUUCCUUAUUAAUAAGUCUUGCUCCGAUUGCUGGUUGGAAAGAUGAGGGUUUCAAAGAUCGAGUCGAACUACAACACGUCUGUCUCAUUUCCCAACAAAUAAGCUACCAGGUUUUUUCUACGGCCACCGCUUUCUACAUACCACUUUGUGCAAUCAUUUGUGUUUAUUGGAAAAUUAUGCGAGCAGCGAAACGAAGAUUCAAACGUGAACGAGAUCGGAGAACAAUCAACAAACCGAUUGGAAAUAAUAUUGAUGACAAGAAUGCGCCACUUAUUUUAAAAAAGAAUAAAAAGAUUCCUUUACCACCAGCGGUUUUGAUAAAAGACGAAAAUGGUUCUUCGUUGAGUACAAAAAAUGGAAAACAUGUAAAGGUGAAAGCAUGCCCGGAGAAAAGCAGUGAAUCGACGGUAUCAGAAGAAGAACGAACGUGCACACAACAAGUUGAUAGUCAAGAGACAAAGCUCGACAGUGUUGUAACAGUCUCAGCAAAUGGAGCAGCGAGAAGUGUUCGAACAAGCGGAAAUUCGUUAGGAGCAAUCAUGCCAAAGCGGAAGAAGCGGCCAAAGGAAAGUGCUGAAACGAAAAGAGAGCGAAAAGCAUGGAGAACAUUAGGAAUCAUUACUGGAAGUUUCGUGGCUUGUUGGACUCCUUUCUUCCUCGUUUCUCUCUACAGACCGAUCUGCCAAUGUCAUGUUCCGGCAUUGGUCGAAAGUCUCACGCUGUGGCUAGGAUACUUAAACUCGGCAUUGAACCCGAUCAUCUACACGGUGUUCUCACAAGAUUUUCGAGCUGCCUUCAAGCGCAUCCUCAAAAAGAUGUGCUUCAUUCGCGAGUAU